ACAAGGACCUGCCCUACAGCCAGAAUCAGCCAGCAAAUGCUUUUGUAAAGGAACUAAAAGAAAGGGAAAAGGGGAAGUAAACAAAAGGUCCCUUUUCAGAGAGGGAACCAGUGGGAGACUUAAGAGCAAGGAACAACCCAUUUCGACGUUAUGAUUAUUCCUUGGGCCUGAAUGACUUGAAUGUUUCCCCGCCUGAGCUAACAGUCCAUGUGGGUGAUUCAGCUCUGAUGGGAUGUGUUUUCCAGAGCACAGAAGACAAAUGUAUAUUCAAGAUAGACUGGACUCUGUCACCAGGAGAGCAUGCCAAGGACGAAUAUGUGCUAUACUAUUACUCCAAUCUCAGUGUGCCUAUUGGGCGCUUCCAGAACCGCGUACACUUGAUGGGGGACAUCUUAUGCAAUGAUGGCUCUCUCCUGCUCCAAGAUGUGCAAGAGGCUGACCAGGGAACCUAUAUCUGUGAAAUCCGCCUCAAAGGGGAGAGCCAGGUGUUCAAGAAGGCGGUGGUACUGCAUGUGCUUCCAGAGGAGCCCAAAGAGCUCAUGGUCCAUGUGGGUGGAUUGAUUCAGAUGGGAUGUGUUUUCCAGAGCACAGAAGUGAAACACGUGACCAAGGUAGAAUGGAUAUUUUCAGGACGGCGCGCAAAGGAGGAGAUUGUAUUUCGUUACUACCACAAACUCAGGAUGUCUGCGGAGUACUCCCAGAGCUGGGGCCACUUCCAGAAUCGUGUGAACCUGGUGGGGGACGUUUUCCGCAAUGACGGUUCCAUCAUGCUUCAAGGAGUGAGGGAGUCAGAUGGAGGAAACUACACCUGCAGUAUCCACCUAGGGAACCUGGUGUUCAAGAAAACCAUUGUGCUGCAUGUCAGCCCGGAAGAGCCUCGAACACUGGUGACCCCGGCAGCCCUGAGGCCUCUGGUCUUGGGUGGUAAUCAGCUGGUGAUCAUCGUGGGAAUUGUCUGUGCCACAAUCCUGCUGCUCCCUGUUCUGAUAUUGAUCGUGAAGAAGACCUGUGGAAAUAAGAGUUCAGUGAAUUCUACAGUCUUGGUGAAGAACACGAAGAAGACUAAUCCAGAGAUAAAAGAAAAACCCUGCCAUUUUGAAAGAUGUGAAGAGGAGAAACACAUUUACUCCCCAAUAAUUGUACGGGAGGUGAUCAAGGAAGAAGAACCAAGUGAAAAAUCAGAGGCCACCUACAUGACCAUGCACCCAGUUUGGCCUUCUCUGAGGUCAGAUCGGAACAACUCACUUGAAAAAAAGUCAGGUGGGGGAAUGCCAAAAACACAGCAAGCCUUUUGAGAAGAAUGGAGAGUCCCUUCAUCUCAGCAGCGGUGGAGACUCUCUCCUGUGUGUGUCCUGGGCCACUCUACCAGUGAUUUCAGACUCCCGCUCUCCCAGCUGUCCUCCUGUCUCAUUGUUUGGUCAAUACACUGAAGAUGGAGAAUUUGGAGCCUGGCAGAGAGACUGGACAGCUCUGGAGGAACAGGCCUGCUGAGGGGAGGGGAGCAUGGACUUGGCCUCUGGAGUGGGACACUGGCCCUGGGAACCAGGCUGAGCUGAGUGGCCUCAAACCCCCCAUUGGAUCAGACCCUCCUGUGGGCAGGGUUCUUAGUGGAUGAGUUACUGGGAAGAAUCAGAGAUAAAAACCAACCCAAAUCAU